AUGGACCCAGAGGUUUCUUUGCUGCUGCACUGUGCAGCCUGGCGGGGCCUGCGACAAUCCCAAGUGGAUGUGGAACUCUCUGAAAAGUAUAACUGUCAGAUGGAUGUAGAUCUGCAACGUCACAUCGAGGAGGUGUGGACGGCGCGGGUGUCUAAGGAGCCGUGGCUUUUUAAUGGCGCCAAAUUCCGCCUGCACUCGUUCCACACUGCAUCGCCUGCCACUCAAAACCUGGAAUUUAUACAUAGUCAGACCAGAGAUGAUAAGGAGACCACGCCGUUGCUCACACUGAGGGUGGGCAUCACCUCUUACAAGGACUAUCUGGGUACUAACUGGUCAUCCCGGGCAGCGGAGCUCAUCAGACGUGGGGAAGCCGAGUUGGGCAAUAGUCAGGCGCUGCUGGCCCAGCCUUUAGGAGUGGGCGCCAUUGUGUGCACAGGCGACGGACAGGUGGUGUUCAUCAAGAGGAGCCAGGAGGUGGCGGAGGCAGGUGGGAAGCUGGACAUUCCAGGAGGGCACCCAGAACCCAAGGCGGUGUGCGAGCGUCUCGGCGAAACAAAAAUCGACUUGAACCUGCUGCGGAAUAGCCCAAAGGCUGUCGUCGCUGAGUUUUUCUCAUCAAUUUGCGCUGAGAUUAGAGACGAGGUUAACAUUCCUCUUAGUUCCCUGGGAGAGCCGAUACUGAUGGGCGUGGCCUUAAAUCACACCAGUGCCGGAAGACCAAGUGCCGAGUUCUACAUCAGCUGUUCUCUCUCGUCCGACCAAGUCCGAGAAUUGUACUGGAAAGGAGGAGCGGAGGCCAGCGAGUCGACGGACAUCGUGUUCCUCAGCUGCACAGAGAUGUCACGGCUGGAUAAAAGCAGCUCAUUUUGGACAGAGCUGUGUCCCUCAGCCAAGGGAGCUGUGCUGCUUUUCCAGACUGUGAAGCCUCAAGUCUCAGUUUAA